CCAAGGACACUCCUGAGGCUGUGCCAACCGCCCCCAUGAGGCUGUCCGGCGCCUGCACGUGGGCCUUGCUGCUCAGCACAGCCAUGCUGGCGUCCACUCAGCGUCCAGAGGUGUAUAGUGACUGUGGAGGUGUCUUCACAAACCUGACGGGCAGGUUCUACAACUACAUCGGGCCUGAAACACUUUGUGUCUGGACCAUCCAGGUGCACCCAGGUCACAAAAUUCUGCUGGCAUUACCCUACGUCAGCCUCAACUGUAAGAAAGAGUAUCUGGUAAUCUACGACGGGCCCCUUGGAUCUGAUAAUUACGAGAAGAUUUGUUAUGAGUUAAGUGUCUUCCAUCGUUCUUCCUCCAACGUCAUGACCAUCAAGUACUCCAGAGAGCCCAGCCAUCCUGCUACUUUUUUUGAGGUGUAUUAUUUUGGUGAAACAAAUGGAUUCUCAUCUCUCCUAGACCACCAAUGAUGAAUAAGUAUUGCCGAGUAGAAAAACUUGCCUUGAAGACCCUUCUGGAAUCCUCUGACCAUGAGGAGAGACAUUCCUGAUUAACUGUCUGAUCGCAGAUGUUCAGCCAGUGCCUACCCUCCAUCCUCCCAAGCCUUCUGCCCUCCUCCCUACAAGGGUAAAUUCCUUUCUCCUGACCUGUGAGAUCCUUGCCAGUCUUGUGGUCACAGCAUUCUACUUAUUACUACAAUCAGUUUGAAUAAAGUCUCUCU